ACUUUAUAAAUGACCAUAGAAUACCUUUUCAACUGAAACUGUGGCAUCGGUAAAACAAUUUAGUGAAAAGCAUUUUUUUUUUCAUUUUUAAAAUAACGAUCUAUGAACUUUUCAUUGUAGAACCACGGACGUAGGAAAACACAGAGUGAUCAGGUGAUAACAUAUCCUAACGUUACUCGUAUAUGCCUAACGUUUACUCAGUCAGAGAUGGCAGCCUCCGUAUGUCGAUUUUCUGGCGGAGCGCGGAGUUAAGUGUUUGGAAUCGAAAUUUAGCCAAACAUCAUUUCAUUUUUGUGAUUAAAAGAGAGUCAGAUGACAACUGAUGGAUCCGUGUGCCGUCUAUGAGAAAAAUUCGAACGAGGUCUCCACCAACCUCUUUGGAGGUGCCGCUGCUGCAGGAAUAACCCCACAGCCCAUCAUGGUCGAGCAUGACAGCAGCGACGACAAGAUCACCUGGUUCCAGCGACUCUCGCCCGACCAGAAGAACUCGUCUUGGUUCUCUCUUCCUGACUGGCUUCGUCGUUCCAAAGACACGUCCUCAUCGGUUGAGAAAGAAGCCUCGGCAACAAAAGGGAAAAAGGAGGAACCUUUGCCCCGUCCCCUUCAUACCGCCUCCUCCCUACCGGACCUGAACGCCAAGAGCAAAGAGAACAACAAGCCCGAACCCGUCAGGAAAACAGAGAGCAGUCUAAACGCCUCCUUCUUGGCACCACUAGCUGAGCUCGGGCAGAAAUCCUCUCGGCUAAAGAUCGAGGUACCAUGGAAACAGGAGAUAACAAAAUCGGCUUCCCAGAGUCCCAGCCAGCAGCACCGGCCACCACCCCAGGCUAGGCUGUCCCUACCUCUGCGGCUCGGUGGCCAGCGCAGCGAGGACCCAUUGGAGGCAGGCUAUGGGAAGCAGCCAGGAAGGAGUUUGACCACUGUGCUCCGCCAUCUGAGUGCCGUAGUGGACAGAUCAGGCCAGAUACCCCAAGCCUACCGCGACAGCGACUUCAAGCAGUACUGGAUGCCGGACAGCCAAUGCAAGGAGUGUUACGAGUGCAGCGAGCGCUUCACCACCCUGCGACGCCGUCACCACUGCCGGGUCUGCGGCCAGAUCUUCUGCAGCCGCUGCUGCAACCAAGAGGUGCCGGGCAAGUUCAUGGGAUACACCGGAUAUCUGCGCGUCUGCACCUACUGUUGCAAGAUCGUCCUUAGCUACGCCCAGUCCUCCAUGGGCGAACUCAAGAUGCUGCAGGAGGAUUACUUCACUCUGAUGGCGAGUGAACUGCCCUCCUCUGCCACGCCUGACAUCAUGACACCCAGGAAGAAGCCGACAGACUGUUCCAUGACCCGCCAGAGGACGUUCAGCAAUAGCAGUAGUGACGGCUGUUUCGACCCGUUUGAGUUGGUCCAGACCCCCACGCCCUCCACCUUGGAGAGGUCCUUUGACAGUGUUGCGCAGGAGAGGCAGCAUCUGCUGAAGGAUUCAGCCCAACUUCAUCAGCUGUGGCUGCUGAUCCAGCAUCCGUCCAACGGCAUCAUGUUCCAGAGCCACCGGUUCCGCCUGCGCACCUACAACGACUGCAUCGUGGGGAGCGAGCUGGUGGAGUGGCUUCUGCUGAAAGACAAAGCGGCGCACAGACUGCAGGCUGUUGCUAUUGGCCAGGCACUGCUGGAUGCCAAGUGGCUGGAAUGCGCCACCAGUAAUGACCAGAUCUUCCGUAAUGAGUACGCGCUGUACCGAGCAGGAGAGACGGCUGUGUCCUCGGCUCGAAGGAAGGACUUAGACAUCAGCCUGACGGCGGAGGGGGAGCUGGACGAGAUUGAGGACAGGAUGGAGCCCAGCUGGUUCCGAGACAUCAGCCAAGAAGACAAGGGGGACCUGACGGAUGACGACAGCUUGGUAAAAAUUAUGCCAACCCCGGCAGAAGAUACAGACUUUGUGCCAAAACACCGGCGGGGCACAUCAGUGGGUGACUCCAUCGGUACAUGGACCAGAGGACUGCGCCCCACCACAGACCUCUUCACCUCGCCCAGCAUUGACAAAGGCACCGUGGAAAUCAUGCAGAGGGAAAACUCGGGUACCUGGGAGCAGGAGGGAUCGGUUCCGGGCAUUGGAGAAGUGUUUCCAAACGGAGCUCUGUCCACCUUUGGGCUUGACCAGGCUGACCAUGCCCGCGGCCCCAUCCUGGCCCAUGGCUGGCUGGACAUGGACAACGUCAGCCAGGAGAAUGGCGAGAAGGAGACCCUGGACACGCUGCGCUCCACCAGCUCCAAGACCCUGGUCAGCCUGGCCGAGCAGCUGCUGAGGUCCGAGGGGCUGGACCUGAGCUGGAAGGAGACCAUUAUGCCGCUAGCCAAGAGGAUCUGUGCAUUGGUCAAGCCUGACGUGAUGAACGGGGAUGAUAUGGAUAUUCGGCAGUAUGUUCACAUCAAGAAAGUACCAGGCGGCACUCGUGCUGAUUGCUUCAUGGUGAAUGGAACCAUUUGUACCAAGAAUGUGGCCCACAAAAAGAUGUCUGGACACCUGAGUAAUCCCAGAAUCCUCCUGUUGCAGUCGGCCAUUGAACAUCAGCGGGUGGAGAACAAGUUCUCGUCCAUUGAACCCAUUGUUUUACAAGAACAUGAGUACCUCAAGAACUGUGUGUCUAGAAUUGCCUCAUUGAAGCCGGAUAUUCUGAUCGUUGAGAAGACCGUGGCACGCUUGGCUCAGAUGUUUCUUCUCCAUAGCGGCAUCACAUUGGUUCUGAAUGUGAAGUCGUCUGUCAUGGAUCGCUUGAGUCGCUGCACAGAGGUCAGUCUGAUUCCAUCCAUUGACCACGUCAACCAGACCACCCCCAUGGGUCAUUGCCUUAUGUUCCGCCUCCAGAAAUAUGAACUGCCCAAAGGUUUCUCCAAGACACUGAUGUUCUUUGAGGGUUGUGCCAGCCACUUGGGUUGCUCGGUGGUCCUUAGAGGCGGAGAAUAUGAACAGCUUACUAAGGUGAAACAGGUUUUGAAGUUCAUGAUCUACGCAUGCUACCACUCCCGUCUUGAAAUAUCCUUCUUGAUGGACGAGUUUGCCAAGCCACCUUCCCAGGCCCAGGAUUCCGACUCCAAGGCCAUUAUCUCCCCGGAAUCCAACUCCACCAUCUCUGCCACAAUGGGGACCUCUGACAGCAUUAGCGAGGGCCUGGCCUCAGUCCAGGGCCAGCUGGCUGACGGAGCCGAGGAGGACCAGGUGGACAUUGUCAGCGAACAGGCGUGGGCAGAGGAAAACGAGUCGAAGGAGGCGUGGGAUGGAGGGAAGGUGGGAUUCCGUGCCACCAUGUCCUCCAUGAAAAAGCGUAUCCAGGCCAAAGUGGCCAGUGUCAAGUCCCAUGCUCAUUUGGAGGUGGAACAGGAGAUGGAGAACCACCGUGGUGGUAACUUGGAAGUUGUCAAGACACCAAAGGAGGCAACAGAGGAGGAUGCUCAGGAGAAAGUUCAGGAAGAAGAGACAUCCCUUGAAGAGGACCAAGGCAAGGAACCUAUCAAAAAGACAACAGCCCUCGACAAAAUGAGAAUACCUGGGCUUGAUAAUAUCACUUCAAGUAACCUUGAGCAGGUGGAAUCCCCAAAUUGCUCCGAACUGUCAGAGUCUACAGUACAAUCUGAUUUGCUGGACGAAAGCUUGGAGGUGAUCAAGGAUACCAACCAACAGUCACAUGGACCCACACCCAGCUUUGACCAUGCGGCAACGACCAAAGAAAUGGAGUCCAAAUUCUUGGAGGAGAGAGGGCACAAGCUCUUCGCAGAAGACAGCUCAUCAGUGACAAGCCGUGAGGAUGUUGUCGUCACAUCUCCUCCACCCACUGCAAAGAGUAAGUCCCCCUUCACUGCAGCUCUGGAUGAAGUACUGCUGUCCAUAUCGCCCCUCGUAAAAUUCGGUGUGCCAUACUUGGAGUCAAAAACAGGCAAGGAGUCCCCACUGCGAUGCUUCUUCAAAUCAAAGGAACUCUACUUGUCUCCGAAGCUGAGCCAACUGGCGGAAUCAACACAAGUUUUGAAUGCUGCAGACAGUACCCUGUACACUGCAGUGGCGGAAGUAGACCCGAUGAGACACGCCAACCAAAUUAACGCCAAUGUCGACCGCUGCAGCCGCACAUCGGAUGCCGUCAUUGUCAAGCCCCCGCACCCAUUCACCUUCUCCCAGCUGACAGAGGAUGCCAAGGACGAGAGAACGCGUGGUCUCCUGGCCGACUUCCGUGCCCGGGGGGGACGGAUCAUUCCGAAACUCGCACCAGCUCUUCAACCAGCUCUGCAGCAACCAGUGGAAGUCCAGUCUGGCAUCAAGAGAGGUUCAGAGGCAGCCUACCGGCGACGAUUUGACUGCCUGGACAUCCACAACCAUCAGAAGAUGCUGCUACAGUUCUGCAGCUACUCUCAUCUCUCUAGCAAUGCCCCCAACCACUGCGUGGAUCCCUGGACCGUUGCCAUGGACUUCUACAGCAGCAGACAUGAUCUCACCCUCGGAGAGUUUCUGGAGAGAUACUGUUUCAGUACCAAGUACAAGUGCCCCAAUGAGCCGUGUGAUGCGGAGAUGGUGGACCAUGUCCGGCGAUUUGUCCACGGGAAUGCCUCCAUCCACAUCCUGCUGCGCAAUCUGGAGAGCCCCAUCCCGGGCUUCACUGACAAGAUCCUGAUGUGGAGCUGGUGCCGCAAGUGCAGACAGGUCACCCCGGUCCAGCCCAUGUCUCUGGACAGCUGGCACAUGUCCUUCGGCAAGUACCUGGAGCUGAGGUUUCACUGCAAGGACUACGGACGGAGACUUAGCGCUCUACCAUGUGGCCACUCCCUACACCGCCAUCACUACCAGUACUUUGGACAGCACAAUAUCGUGGCCUCCUUCAAAUACAGCCCCAUCCUCCUGAGAGAAGUCUGCCUCCCUCCUCUGCCCAUCGGCAUCCAAGAAGCCUUCAGGUCUCAUCCAGAAUGUGCUGAGGAAUUCAAAAAUGUGUCUUCCAAGGGUGCCUUGCUGUUUAAGGAAAUCCUGAGCAAGAUCAAUAUGCUGAUGGGAAUGAAUGGGGCCAACCCCCAGGCACAGCUGUACUUCGAGCAGAAGAAAGCACAGUUUACCUCUCAGCAUCAGUCUGACAACAACAAGUUUUGGCAGAAUGCCAAGGAUUUGCAGGCCAAGAUCACCACUCUUGCUGGCCUCAUGGCAGCGGCCGACCAGGAUCCGGCCGAAAUCACCAACAUCCAGCUAGAUAUCGAGGACAGCCUGGUCAACCUGAAGCAGAACUUGUGCCAGAUAGCCUUUGGCUGGAAUAGCAGAUUCAGCGAGUUCAUCCAGCAAGAGAAGGAACGAGUGAAGAAGAAAAGCAGUCCAUCCGUCUCCCGUCAAAACACUGCCAGCUCGGACAAAGAGCCUCCCAUGUCUGUGGUGGCCGCCACUGCCAUGAAGGAACUUGAACAGAAUGCAGUGAUGGCAACCACGCCCCCCAAGUCACCCCGGUCCUCGCCCUCCUUGAAGAAAGAUGACGCCCCGUCCCUACCCCAGGUCUCCAGCUUACCUGUCAGCAUCCCGCAGAUAAUGGAGCACAGCACGCCCGCCCCAUUGCAGGUUCGGGUACCGACCGAAGCGAGUUACGACAGCUACGAGGAUGGGAACUUUAAUCUGUCACUCUCCCAAGAGGGCAGCGACAUCACCACCAUUCCACCAUCCCUAGCCUACCUUGACUGCCUCGGUAUCCAAAAAAUGCCCAAUUAUGGGAUAUCGCCGGGUCUAUAUGCUGGUCUGGCCUACAAGUCCCAGACUGAGACGACCGACGACGCCAGCCCCGAUAACGAUCUAACCAUCGUUGAGAUGCCAUCCCUGGAAGACAAAAAGCCAGAGAAUAUUGCUCAACCAGACUCUGCAACGGAAGCAGUAGAAAACAAAGAAGGUGAAGAAAAGACUGUUAUUUUACCAGAGGGUACAGACCAGGCAGAUGUGACAAUGUCCACAAAAGGUGAAGCCCACCAGCACAGCCCUCUCAAAGCCAAGCAGACCAACAGCUCCGUGAAGACUUUCUUCAGCACACUGUUACCAGGCAGUGAUUUAGCACGUGUAGAGAUGCCGUACCCUCCCAGCGAACACCACCUGUUGCCACCAUGCACUGUCAUGCCCGUCAUCAUAUAUGACCAAGAGCCCAGCUCCAUCAUCGCACACGCACUCAGUUCCGAGCAAUACAAGACACAGUUGUACGAGCUCCAGCAGCCUGAUUAUCCCCAGCCAAGUGAGGGUGCUCUGCAGCCCGGCAGCAAGCCAGAGUCGAGGAACACCAGCCCCACUGCCAAGCGGCGCUCGUUGCUGGACAAUGGCCAGGGGGCAGCAGAGGGCAAGGAACGGCCCAAGAAGCCUCCCAUGACAAGAAAAGCAAGCCGAGGCGUCAUAUCAUUCCUUCGGAGUAAAAUGCCAGACAGUCCAAGCAGUGCCAUUCCGAGCAGCCAACGAAAAGACGAAAGUCAGUUCACCUACACUGACACUGUUCAGUAUCAUGUGACCAGCUCAGAGGAAUCCACUUCGUCCAGCUAUACCGAGAGCAAAGAUGAGACAGACUUUGAAUUUUCACUCAGAAGUGGAACAGAGAAGAAGGACCCCUUGUCUCCGCACAUUGAACUGCAAUUUUCGGAUGUUACCAACACGCAGUUCUUCUGCCUGGUGUACCACGCCGAAGAAUUCUUGAAUCUUAGAAAGAUUGUCUUCCCGGCCGGCGAGGAGACCUACAUCCGAUCACUGUCUCGUUCCAUCUCAUGGCUUGCUCAGGGUGGCAAAUCACGCUCAAAGUUUCUCAAGACAAAAGAUGACAGAUUUGUGCUGAAGCAGAUAUCUCGUUUGGAGUUCCAGUCUUUCAAGGAGUUUGCCCCACAUUAUUUCAAGUACAUCCAACAAGCGCAUGCAGAGCAGCGGCCAACCACCUUGGCCAAGAUCCUAGGGGUCUACAAGGUGGGCUACCACAACCCGGUCACCAACACAGCCCAGAAGCAUGUGCUGCUGAUCAUGGAGAACCUGUUCUACCGGCGUCGCAUGGCCCAGGUCUUUGACCUGAAGGGCUCCAUCCGCAAUCGCCAUGUCAAGACCACGGGCCAGGGGCAGCAGGACCUGGUGCUGAUGGACGAGAACCUGCUGAGACAUAUGGUGGACUCGCCUCUCUUUGUGCGGAGCCACAGUAAGGCAGCCCUAAUCAUGGCCGUCCACUAUGACAGCAUGUUCCUUGCCAGUCACUUCAUCAUGGACUACUCCUUGCUGGUGGGUCUGGACGCAAACACUGAUGAACUCGUGGUUGGCAUCAUCGACUACAUCCGCACAUUCACCUGGGACAAGAAGCUGGAGAUGAUGGUGAAAUCAACAGGCAUUGUGGGAGGACAAGGUAAAAUGCCGACGGUGGUGUCACCCGAGCUCUACCGUACCCGUUUCUGUGAGGCCAUGGACAAGUACUUCCUCCUUGUGCCGGAUCGCUGGACCCGUCUUGGGCAAGAGUUUUGAUUUGUGUCGGCAGUGCGAGUUCAGUUUUCAUGACAUGGUGAUGAUACAGGCAGAAGUAACAGGGGUGAGAUUUGUCAGCUUUUAAGCCGAUUUCAGCUUUUUUUUGUUCUGGAUUUCAGCUGUUUUUCCUCACUG